UAUAAUCCUGAAGUAAGUUGAAGAAAGAGUAGCCUGACGGUAGUUCACAAGUGUCAGUCUCGAGUCUCAUAUUUCUCUUGUUUUUCAUCUCAGUUAAAGUAAAGUACAACAAAGAUGACAGAUGAACAGCAGAAUGAGCAGCCACAGGAAGAAAGGCCGCGUGUGGGUAGUGUCGAGUCCCUUAAGACUCAUGUACUGGAGCACAAAGUGGACAUGGCACUCUGGGCCACACGAGCCCUCACUCUUGUUUUCUGCAUAUCAUACCUUAUACCAAUAUUUGGGAACCCCCACAGUAGCUACCAGAAAGUAUUGAUGAGCAAUGCUGCUACAUCUGCUUUGAGACUUCACCAGCGGAUCCCAUCAGUUCAUUUAUCACGAGAAUUCAUUGCUCAACUACUGAUGGAGGAUUCAGCUCACUACCUCCUCUACUCCCUGAUCUUCAUGUAUACAUCCCCAGUCACGAUGGUCCUGGCUCCAAUAUUCUUAUUUGCAUUAUUGCACUUUGCCAGUUACUCUCUUGGACUCCUUGAUGUCAUAGGUCAAAAUAAUGCUCUAGGGUCAAGGUUUCUCAUCUCCUUGGUAGAGUUUCAACAUAGAAAUAUCCUGCGUGGAGCUGCAUUUGUGGAGAUCUUCCUCAUGCCUCUCACUGUUGUUUUACUUUUCCUGGGCAGAGUCAGUCUAUUAACUCCGUUUGUUUACUAUCGCUUCUUGACAUUGAGAUACUCAUCAAGGCGCAACCCUUACACCCGCAACAUGUUCCAUGAGCUCCGAAUGACCAUGGAGUAUACAGUUAACAAACCAGGUAUCCCAGUGUUUUUACGCAAUGCUGUCAACCGUGCCAUCAUCUUCCUCUCAGGCCUGGCCCCUGCUGUUGUUCAGCAGUAGCCCUGAGUGUAGAUCUUAGUCUUAAGUGAAGGUAGAUUAUAAAGUGGAAAUGCAGGGCAACAAAUAUUUCUAUUUAAUUAAAAUUGUAAAGAACAAUAUUUUCCAUAACAUAUAGGUCUUUGUAGAACUUUCAUUAGAACAAGUGUAACUUACUUUUUCUUUGUUUAAUUUAACUUUUUUUGAGGACCAAUGAAGUACUUUUUAAAAUGUAAAGGUGUCAAUCUUUUUUUCUAUUUGCAUGAAACAUUUAUUAUAUAAAUAUAGGAUAGAAAUAAUUUUAAAUGAAAAAAGACUUUUCUUCCCAUUUUGCUGGUAACUAAGUAUUUGUUUUUCUUUUAAGUGCAAUUUUAUGAAGAUGCACCAAAGGAAUAUUUUAGUGUUUGAUAAAGAUUAUUUGUAAUUACAUCAAGCUUUUGCUCCUCUCUGGAAUUUGUUUUAAAAAACUAAGUACUGUACUACUGUAUAUUAAAGUAUGUGGAGGAGUAUUAAAAAACACUAGCCUUACUUAAUGUAGUGUUAGUAUAUUCAAACAACUCUAGAUGAGUUGACAGGGAAUCGGGGAGAUCUGAAUCCUCAAUUAAAAUUAUUUUGACCUUGGUAUUGAUAAAAUUCGUACAUAUAAAAAAAACAAUGGCACAUCCAGAUGAGGACUAGUCGUGCAACUACUGGUAGUACUAAUGUUUCAGUUUUAUGGCAUUAGGCCUCUUGAGCAAGGCUAAGAUUAGACAAUACAAGAACAUGAAGUCACUCGUGGUUACUGCACAAACUGACGGGAAGUAACGCGAUCUCAUUUUUGUUAAGCUGGUCUGUCAAGUAUCAACACCUGAGGUACACCAACCCAUUUAUUGUUUUGUCAACCUGCUAGUUGAAUAACUUUCCUUACAUGCAUUUGACACCAGUAACAAUAAAAUCUAUAUAAAUUAUUAUGGAAUAAAGUUUUAAUAUAUAUCGUGCUACAGUAUUUCUAUCUUUUUUCUGUUCAUUUUGAUUGAAGAAUUUGUUUUAGAUCAUUGCAUUUCAUGAUUGUGUUUCCAUUAGGUGGGAGUACAUUAGUCUUAGUGUAAUGUGGCCUCCAUGAUUGGUUAUUUACACAUUGCAAUGGUUAUUAGGAAGUUACUGUUUUAAAACAUGGAAUCUUUGCAGUUAUGAUUUAGAACUGAUGGGAUUAUAUAAUGAAGUUUUUAUUGGAAUCCACAUUACUUAUCAUUGGAUUUUUUUUUAAUUAAAUUAUUAUAUUGACCCUUCUUCUGUGGAAAGCUGAAAUUGUAUUAGUUAUGCAUUUUUGUUUGCAGUAUGCAUAUACUGUAUACCAGUUUUGGUUUGUAGUAAAGGGGGAGGGGGUAAUAUUUCAUGUGUUAUGGUUAUAGUAUGCUACCAUGAUCCCAUUUUAUAAUUCAAGAGAGUACAUGUUGUCUUUAGUCAUUCCAUCUUGUAAAGAUCCAUAUUAUUACAAUACGGAAGUCAGUCAGUGCACUAAAUGUCAAAAGCUUUUAUGAAGUACAGUAAUGAGAAAAGUACUUUGUAUUUAGCAUUUCAAGCAGUGUGAAGGUGCUUCAGAAUAUAUUCAAGUACAUUAUUUGAAUGUUUCAGGAGUGUAUUUAUUGAUUUCAGUGUUUCCCUGAAGUGGUCCUAUAUUUGUUUAGUGUACAUUGAGUUCCCUGUGCUUGCAGAGACUUCCCAGAAAAAUUUCAUUAAAGUUUAUAAGGGUUACAUUUUCUCAAACUGAAUGACAUUUGAACAGAAUAUUUGCAUUUCAUUUUUUCAAUAUCAUUUUGGUACCAUACAGAAGUCAGUCACAAACCUUCAUGUGAAGAGUUUGUUUUUAGUACAGGUAGUUCCUGGAACUAGUAUAUGGUACAUUACAAAAUUAUUUUGCUUUGCUGAGUCCAUCUAUAGUAUUCUUAAGAGUUAGAGGUAGCAUUGGAUAAUGAUACUGUAUAUAUUGUUAGAUAAUAUAAUAAUGUCCAUGUUGUGUAUUUCACACUUGGUCUUUGAAGUUGUAUUUUUUAUUUGGUAAAACAUAUGAAAGCAAGUUGUAAGUUCUUUGGGUCAUGAGAUCACUUGAUUAGAACUUUUAAUUCUAAUUUAGUAUUUUGAUACCUAAGAAAACUGUAUGACAUGUUGCAGUAAGUUAUAGUUCUUUGAACAUUAUGAUUUGUGAAUAUUUUUGUUGUUUUUAGUUCUAGUUUGUCACACAUUGAUUAAAGUUUCACACAGGAGUUCUCUAAAUUUGCAUAGGAAAGGUUAGUUCCUGUGCUAUUGUAGACCAAAUUUAAAAAAGCAAGAUGAUAAAAACUAAACAAAGGUUGUUGGUCCAAUUUCUUGGUUACUGUUUUUAUAGAACUGAACUGUGUAAUAGUGUGUAAAACAUUCUCAGCCCACAGCAUUUUUUGAAGAAUUACCAUUAAGUAGAAUAUAUUAGACUAGCUGAAGGAUUAACUUGUCCUUCAACAUGUACAGUGCAGCGUAGUAAUGUUUAGGAACUUAAUUUUCUUUGCUCUGACAUUAUCUCUGGUGUAAUUUUUAUAUGGAGGUCAUGAAAUGGUUGCAUGAUAGAUUCAUAAUGGUAAUUUCCAAUACUUAUUUAUUUCAUCUGAUAUUAUUUUUCAAGGCCUUACUGUUUUGGACACUUAAAUGCAACGGUCACAACAUGUGGCUGUAUGAUCUGUCUUGUUUUAAGGUGUUAAACUUGUAUAGUAGCUGAAGCACUUGUCUUCCUACAUAAUGAAAAAAAAAUUGCACUUGCUGAAACUUGCCAAAAUUUGUUUAAUGAGGUAGACCAUAUGCUCCUCAGUUGUUGCUUGAAAUAUAAAUUCUCACAAUAGGAAUAUUUAAAAAUAAAUUUGAUUUUCCAAAAACAUACACAAACUGUGCUAAUUAUCAGUAGGAACACUACAAUAGGAUAAGUUAUACUGUACAGUGUAGAGAAGUUUGGUGCAAUAUGUCCAUUUAUCCUUGAAUGAAACAAAUAAAAUCAAGAUUAAACCCUGAUAUGAGUCAUCAGAAAUAAGAAUAUCAAUGGCCCAUUUUCUUGGCAUUUAAACCCUAAAUAUAAUUCAGAAAGCAUUUUUAAAUAUUGUAUCAGAAAUUAUCAUCUUCGUAGCCCCAAGGUGAUUGAAGUCAUUUUGAAUUGUGCUCAGAAGCAUUUUUGGGAAUGGAGAUUUUUUACCUUUUGAUAAAAAAAUGUUUAUACAGUAAUUAUUACUCCAAGGUAUAUCAGGAUACAUUUCUUUAAAGGACAAAGUUAACUUUGUAAAAGCUACAGUUUUGUCUACACUAGGGGUGGGGAAACUGUCUCCCGAGCCACUUUUAGACUGAGGUCUCAGGAUGGUGUGCAACCAUACUCGAGUUUUUUCUCUUUUAAGGGGAGGUGUAGAAUUUAUUGGUAGAUUUGGAUGAAAUUUAGAGGAUAUACUGUUUAUACACUUAAAAGACUAACUUAAAAAUUAGCGGUCAUAUCCAUUAAAUCUGCAUAGAUUGAAAAUAACAGGUGGCUCUGAAGAACUUAUAAUUUCAAUUUGGCACUUUGACCACAAAAGUUUCCCCACCCCUUGUAUACACUAUAAGUUUCAUUCCUGCUCAUCUACUUUUAAUAAACCUGGUUUUAAUUUCUGAGAUUUGAUGUUAGGUUCCUGACACAAAAGCCUACAGAGAGGAAUGUUGCGAAGAAGGAUUGUGUUUUGAGUCUAGAUAAAAUGCAGCUAAAUGGGUUGGUAGGUUAUUGGUCAAACAUCUUACUAGGUUGUUUAAUUCUUUAACUUUAUGGUGCACUGUGCAGGGAAUUGUGCAAUAGAUUUUUGGAGAGGCCUUGAAUCCAAUCAAUAGCAUACUGAAAUGGUCUUCAGCAGUUGUUGACCAUAAAAAAAAAAAGGGCCAAAGGAUCCUGUACCAAGUUCAUUAUUCACUCUGGACAAGGAUAUUACUUACAUCAUUGUCAACAUCAAGGAGUUAUCACUAAUUUAAUAUUGCACUUAAGUUAAAAAUCUUACAUUUUAAAUGUUCAAAUUUUAACUUAAGUCUAUCGUCUGAAAUACGUUACAGGCGAGAUGUAAAUUUCUUAAAAGUUAAUGUAGCUCUAGAAAAAACCUUGGGUAAUGUGUUGAUAUUUAACAUUUCAAACAUAUUUGACAUACGAACUUGAUCAUGCUAUUGGUAUUUCAUAGAUGAUAACAGCAUGAAAUGUUAUAUGAAGAUAUUUUUUACCACAGCUGAUGCACUAUACAGUCUAAUCUUACAAUCUAUUUGCCCUCUUGCCUUACUUCAAGUACUGUAAAAUACUUCACACAGUGCAUUUUAUAUUUUAAAGGUGAAGUGUAUGAUUUACUUCAUACAGUAAGUGAUAUCCCCGUUAGCUGGAACAAUUGGUGCAGAGCAUUUCCGGGUAACGAGAUGACUCUCAAAGCCGGGAAAAAAAUCCUUCAUCCCCCAAAUUUUCCAGGGAACGAAAAAAUUUUCUCGGAAGUUCCAGAAAUUGUCCAUUGCAUCAUCUCUCAAACCCUGAAAAAUAUCCUUCAUCCUCGGAAUUUUCCGAGUAACGUAAAUAUUUUCUCAGAAGUUACAGAAAUUGCCCAUUACAUCAUCUCUUGAACCCAGAAAAAAUCCCUCAAUCCCAGAAUUUUCCGGGUAACGGAAAAUUUUUCUCAAAAUUUCCAGAAAAUGUGCCUGAUUUUAGUCUCUCAAACCUGGAAAAAACUCCCCCAUCCUGAGUAUCAGGAAAAUUUUCCGAGAAAAUAUCAAUUCUGGCUAUCGGAGAGUUCCAGGUUUGAGGGAUUCCGGCUAACGGAGAUAUUAUUGUAUGUUGACUUUGUAGAGGAACACAUAGUUCUUGAUGUUUUUGUCUAUUGAAAUGGAAUUUUGUUGGAUACAGUGCAUAAGGAAUUUUGGAGAUCACAAGAAAUAAAUCACUUUUAAUAUGAAACUACUGUACUGCAUACAUAAUUUUUGUUUCAUGAUACAGCUUUUCCAACCAAAAUAGAUCGCUUUGAAUAUGAAGGUAGCGCAUAAGUUUUUGUUUUGCUACAUGACUGUUCCAACCAUACCAUAAGGUUCUUUGUGUGGAACCUUAGUAAAUAUAUUAUGGCCUCUCUGGAUCUGCUGUUACAGUAAGGGAUCUGUCUUUUCUUUUAACUUGUCUGUUUCACAUCCACAGACUUCUUAUACACAUUUUAAGUCAUUAUUGUGUUUUCAAGUUAAAAUAUUUUUUUUUUUAUAAUAUGCAGUAUACGUAUAUAAUCACAUUCAAGUGUGCAAAAAUGGCCAUAAAAACAAUGACAAGGAUGAAGCUAUAUUUUUUGGACUUGCUAUUCAAUAUGUAUGAACAGAUUUCUGUCAAAAUACUUUAAGGUAGUUAUGUAAACUAAAAAAACUAUACAACUAGUCUAAAACAAAAUCCUUCAGCAGCUGUUCUUAUUAUCAGUACUGUACUUCAAAUGUGUAGAGGCAAUGAAUUGUUAAAUUAUUUAAGGAGAGGUUCUGUGUGAGCAACUUGGUAGACUUUGCAUUUAAAAAUAUUUUUAAUUACUUAACCAUGUCAUUUGAAGUACCACCCACAAACCACAUUGUAAUGCAUAUUGUUUUGGUGGUCCCCCCCCUUUUUUACUCUGAUAUAUUGUUACAAGUCUGUUGUAUUUAUUUUACAGGACAGUAUUAUACAUGAUGUGAAAUCAUCAAUAUACUGUAUCAGUACAGUACUUGUGUUUAUUUGAAUGUAAUAGACUAGUGACAGUCAUCCCCUUUCUCAGAUAAAUUUUUAUGUAAUUUUCAUACUGUAUGGCAUGGCAUCCUUUGCAUCUAGCAUACGUACAAAGAACCUUCAUGGAAGAAUAUUUCAUUUUGUCAUAAUAUAUGGACUCUAGCCCUUACAAAUUACGAGACAUUACAAAAUAUGAGGCACACCUUUUCGCGAGGGAAAAAACAACGGUACUUUUUUUUUGUCAGCCCCAAGUAAAAUUUAAACGUUAUGUAAGUAUAGCACCUCUACCAAAUUUAAUUGCUUGGUUCAUGGUUAUUAGAUAUAAUGGCUCAAACACUGGGCAAUGACAAAAAAACAAGUGGGGGAACAAAGCUUGCACAGGAGACCAUAGGAAUACACUCCAUGACUGGCCAACAUGAACUGAGUGACCGACAGGUCCGACACGCGUGUUGCGUAUAAUACUUUGUUUACACUGAGAUGGGCGGGCAGCGGUUGCACCCAAUCCAAGGUCUCUCAUAAUUAAAACUUUUACCAAAUAUUACCAAAAUUUUAUUGUAGUAUAGGGAAUCCCCGGAUUAUGAAUGGGUUCCAUUCCUAAGGACGUUCUUAAGUCGGAUUUGUACGUAAGUCGGAACAUGUGCUAUGUGCAUACUGUACUUACAAAACAAUGUUUAAAAUCCCACUAUAUCAAAGCCUAAGUCCUCAUAUACAUCUAAAAUCACUUAAUUUAAGACAAAAGAAGAAAUAGAAUGACAAAAUAAAGUAAAUGAAAGUAAAAAAUGUCAUCAGGUAAAUAAAAUAUUGUAAAUUUCAAGUGUUCGUAUGAGGGGACCACCUGUAUAUCGUAAUAUAUCAAAAUGCCUCAUAUUUUUUAAAUUUGCACUGUAAUUAGCAGUAUUUUUUGUAAUAAAACAUUAAGAUAUAUUGUAUUGACCAAAAUCUGUGAUACAGUGCAUACUAGAUUUUAAUAGAUGUAAUUAUCAUAUUCAGAACUGAGGAACAUUGCCACUUACAUAACCAAGGAUAUUGUUUUUAAUUAUUAUUAAUAUUUUUUUUUUAACAUUUGGUCAUAUGAGUGACUAAUUCUCUAGUCACAGAGAAAUCUUUAGUUGCUGUGAGAUACAUCAGUGUGAUUUUUGGAGAAAUGUACAAUAUAUGACAAACAAGCAACUGCUGUUGCUAUCUGUUCACAACUUGAAUGACUGUAUUCAUGUGGGUAAAUAGUACUGUAUAUGGUUAGAUAUGAAGAGUUUCCUAUUAUAAAAAAAAAUACAGAUAUAGUAAUGAGUUUCCUUUCCCAGUUGUUACUAAAUAAAGUUUAAUAGACUUAG